ACAAGUCUAUGUAUAAAAAAUUGUAAACAAUAAACAGCUGGGCUGGUGAUGCCACCUUAUAUUUAGUAUACCCUGCUUUAUUUUUAUUUGUUUAUAAACACUUUAAACUAUUUUGUUGUGGUCAUUUCAACUUAUUGAAAAUUUCCUUUUAAAUGGCGGAAUUUCUUGCGGAAAAUAAUGCCUGUGGCCAAAAUCUAUUGCGUAUUGUGUCUAUGGGUAAUUCCAUUAUAGCAGAAAUAUUACGUUUAAAAGAUUAUAUACCCGAUAUAUUUCGUUUGGAAACUAAAGUCGACCAGCAGAAAUAUGGUGAAGUUAUAAUGGACUUUAGUUAUCUUAAAAUUGCCGAAGCUCAAGAUUUGAAAAUUGAACAAAAUCCUGAGCUACAAGAUUUAGACGAUGAAUUGCGUGAAAAUUAUUUGGAUUUAUUGACACGUUUCUAUUUGGCUUUUGAGAGUACUCAUCAAUAUGCUUCGGAUUUGCAGCAGUUUAUUGAUGAAUUGAAUCGUGGCUAUUACAUACAGCAGACUUUGGAGACUGUGUUGCAGGAUGAGGAGGGCAAGCAGUUGAUGUGUGAAUCCUUGUAUAUAUUUGGAGUAAUCCUACUCAUUGUUGACUUUCACAUACCCGGCGUUAUUCGUGAACGUCUUCUCAUGUCUUACUAUCGUUAUAGUGGUUCGAAAUCUCAUAGCGAUAGUAAUAUAGAUGAUGUUUGCAUGCUUUUACGUUCCACCGGUUUUGUAGCUCAAAAAAAUACCACCACCACCAUCAACAGUAGCAAAUCUUCUAAAGAUGCUGUAGCAAAUUAUCCAGAAUCGUAUUUUUCACGUUUUAAAUUUGAACAAAAUUUCGUAGAUAUGGUUAUAGGACGUCUAAGAUGUGAUGAUAUUUAUAAUCAAUUAAGUAUUUAUCCUCAUCCCGAUCAUCGUUCUACUGCUCUGUCUACACAGGCCGCCAUGCUGUAUGUUUGUUUGUAUUUUUCUCCUAAGAUACUGCAUUCACAAAUCGCUCAAAUGCGUGAAAUUGUAGAUAAGUUUUUCUCCGAUAACUGGAUUAUAUCCAUAUAUAUGGGUAUAACUGUUAAUUUGGUAGAUGCCUGGGAUCAAUUUAAGGCUGCCAAGGCUGCCUUAAUGCCGGUCAUUGAAACUGAUGCCAUUAAGGGUUUCUGUUUGUUGCACAAAGAAAAAAUGGAAAAGAUUUUAAAGCAAUCCAAGGAAAUCCUAAGAGAUGGUGUUUUAACGGAUUAUUUUGUUUUGCAGAACAUAACGAAAAUCAUAAAUCUUAUACGCCAAUGUAAUGUUUCGUUGCGUUGGUAUUUUACACAUGCUUCCCCCAUAAUUUAUGAAAUCUCCCGAGGUUCAGUUACGCAAAAAGUGGAACAGAUAGUAAAACUAGUGCGCUCGGAAUUACAUUAUGAAGAAAGUGAUUUAUUUGAGUUGCUAUUGAAUUGUUCUCAACUGGAAUUAGUGGUUAAAGAAAUUUUACGCACGCUAAUGCAGGAGAAAUCACAAAGAUGGAAUGAUUUUAAGAAAGAGGCUUUAGAUCGUGUCAAUGAAUUGAGUGAAGCUUUUUCGGGUUCUCGACCUCUUUCGAAAAUUGAAAGUAAUCCUCAAUUGAAAUUAUGGUUUGCGGAGAUUGCCCAGGAAAUAGAAAAGUUGAAUUGUGAUAAUGUUAACUUAUCGGGGCGUAUGUUAAUACAGCUUAUACAGGCUUUGGAGGAGGUGCAAGAGUUUCAUAAUCUUCAAGCAAAUAUGCAGGUUAAACAGUAUUUAAUGGAGACCAGGGAGUAUUUAACCAGAAUGAUACAGAUAAUCAAUGUCAAAGAAAACAUUCUUAUAAACAUACAACUGAUUAGUGAUCUCAGUUAUGCCUGGCAUUUAAUAGAUCGCGAUUUUACCUCCAUAAUGCAAGAUUCUAUUAAAAAACAACCCAAGUCUGUAAUACGUUUACGAGCUGCAUUUCUAAAACUAGCUAGUGCAUUAGAAAUACCCCUCAUGCGUAUAAAUCAAGCUAAAUCUGAAGAUCUUAUCUCCGUAUCUAACUACUACAGUUCCGAAUUGGCCAAUUAUAUGCGUAAGGUUUUACAAAUUAUACCCGAGACUAUGUUUAAUCUAAUGGCCCGAAUUAUACAAUUACAAACCGAUGUUUUAAAAGAAAUACCCACCCGCUUGGAAAAAGAUAAACUUAAAGAAUAUGCUCAAUUUGAGGAUCGUUAUACAGUGGCUAAACUAACAUACUCCAUAUCGGUUUUCACUGAGGGUAUUCUUAUGAUGGAAAAAACCUUGGUGGGUGUAAUUGAAUUAGAUCCUAAGCAAUUGCUAGAGGAUGGCAUACGCAAGGAAUUGGUCAAGCAUUUAGCUAAUGCUCUCAACGUUGGACUAAUAUUUAGCGCAAAUGCUAAACAGAAAAAUGCCACUGUAGAAUUGGAAACUAAAUUAGCCCAAUUGGCUAAAACCAUGGACGGUUAUCGUAGAUCUUUCGAAUAUAUACAAGACUAUCUCAAUGUUCAUGGUUUGAAAAUUUUGCAACAGGAAUUGACACGCGUUAUUAACUAUAAUGUAGAAAAAGAAUGUAAUGCCUUUCUACGCAAUAAAAUUCAGGAUUGGCAAUCCCAAUAUCAAUCCACCACCAUACCCAUACCAACAUUCCCUCCCUUGCAAGGAGAUUUAUCAAAAUCCAAUAAUUUCAUAGGACGCUUAGCGUUUGAAAUACUACAAUGUACCGAUCCACAAAAUACCAUCUAUUUAGAUCUGAAAGCUGCCUGGUAUGAUAAAAAGCCACCACAUAAAGAGGUAUUAGAUUCGCGUUUCUUCUAUAAAGUACGUGAGGCCAUAGGCCCCGCCGGCUUAGUAGGUUUAGAUCGUCUUUAUACUUAUAUGUUUGCUGCAGAUUUAAAAAAGAAUUUAGAUAAAUUGCAACGCAAUAUUGAAAAUGAUAAAAUGUGGUCUACGACAUUGGCCAAUCUAACAGCUGAUCUGGAAUCUAAACAAUUUGUUAACUUAACUGCUGGAAAUCCUUUAAAAUUUUAUGCUACCUAUCAUCAGCGUUGGCUUAAGGUAUGGCCCACUAUGAUUGAGUGGAUUUUGCAGUUGGGUCAUAAACAGAUUUUACGACAACAAUUGGCAUUUGAAUUGAAUCGUAGUAGUAAGGUGAACGCGAAAAAUUUGGAAUCCGCUUUGGAGACAUUUAAUAGAUCUCUUUUAAAUGAACUGGAAAAUCAAGAAACUCAACAAAAAUUUAAAGAUAAUAAGCUAUUGGUUGAUAUUAAAGACUAUCUAAUGUACACUGGCUCCUAUGAGCCUCUGGAACAAAUAUUUGUAUUAAGCAAAAACUCCCACAAUGUGGCUUUAUUCUUUUUCCUAGUAAUUAUCGCUCACAUAACAAGACUACAAUUUUCGCUACAAACUCAAAGUCUUGUAGCUAAAUCAACAAAAGAUCAAAUAGAUGGUACACCUCUUUUGACGGGUCUCAUCACCAUUUUACAACAGUAUCACAAGGAUGUAAAACUUAUGUUUAUAACAUAUCUAUGUCAAUAUGUUAAGGUGUUGGUGGAAACAAAUUUAAGUAACAAACAUGAAUUGUGUAACGAGGCCAUAACAACUCUACAUUUCUUGGAUAUAUUUGUGCGUAAAACCAAACUACCACGCCAAGUAUUAAGCGAACGUUUACCGCUUAUAAUAUUAAAUCAAUAUGAAUAUUUAGGUUUAAGUUUAAAAAGUUGAAUUAUUUUUUUUUAAUAAUAUAUUUAUUAAAUAUAUUCCAUAAUUUUAUCAAACAAAUGCAUUACAAAAAAGAAGAAAAUAAAUUCUAGAAUAACAACGAAACCAAAGAGGGUGGAGGGGGGUUGUUAAAAAACUCUCUAUAUAAAUUUUACCUCUUUAACAAAA